UCAAACGGGAGAAGCACACGGCAUCCAGCUCUUUUUCUCUGUGUGUCUGUCUCUUUCUUCUUUUUUCUUUGCCUUUUUCUAUAGGAUUUUUUUUUUUUUGUCUUCUAAGAUUCUACCUGGGAUUUUCCUUUGGAAAAGUUGCUGUGGUCCUACUAAAAUAUGGAACUUGAUUUUGGACAUUUUGACGAAAGAGACAAAGCAUCUAGAAAUAUGAGAGGGUCACGCAUGAAUGGGCUACCAAGUCCCACUCACAGUGCCCACUGUAGCUUCUACAGAACCAGAACCUUGCAGGCACUAAGUAAUGAGAAGAAGGCCAAGAAGGUACGUUUCUACCGCAAUGGGGACCGUUACUUCAAAGGGAUUGUGUACGCUGUUUCUUCUGACCGUUUCCGUAGUUUUGACGCGUUGCUGGCUGACCUGACCCGAUCCUUGUCGGACAACAUCAAUCUGCCUCAGGGAGUCCGCUAUAUAUAUACCAUUGAUGGAUCCAGGAAGAUUGGAAGCAUGGACGAACUGGAAGAAGGGGAAAGUUAUGUCUGUUCCUCAGACAACUUCUUUAAAAAGGUUGAGUACACCAAGAAUGUUAAUCCUAACUGGUCAGUCAACGUAAAGACAUCUGCUAACAUGAAGGCUCCUCAGUCCUUGGCUAGCAGCAACAGCGCUCAAGCCAGAGAGAACAAGGACUUCGUGAGACCCAAACUUGUGACCAUCAUCCGCAGUGGGGUGAAGCCUCGGAAGGCAGUGCGUGUGCUUCUCAACAAGAAAACCGCCCACUCUUUUGAGCAGGUCCUCACUGAUAUCACAGAAGCGAUCAAGCUGGAAACUGGAGUUGUCAAAAAACUCUAUACCAUUGAAGGAAAACAGGUCACCUGUCUACAUGAUUUCUUUGGUGAUGAUGAUGUAUUCAUUGCUUGUGGUCCUGAAAAGUUCCGCUAUGCUCAAGAUGAUUUUUCUUUGGAUGAGAAUGAAUGCAGGGUUAUGAAAGGUAAUCCAUCUGCCACAGCUGGCCCAAAAGCUUCCCCAACACCUCAAAAGGCAUCUGCUAAGAGCCCAGGCCCAAUGCGUCGCAGCAAGUCUCCUGCUGAUUCAGGUAACGACCAAGACGCAAAUGGAACUUCCAGUAGUCAACUUUCUACACCCAAGUCGAAGCAGUCUCCUAUCUCUACACCCACGAGCCCUGGAAGUCUGCGGAAGCACAAGGACUUGUAUCUGCCGCUGUCACUGGAUGACUCUGACUCACUUGGAGAUUCCAUGUGAAAGCUUAGAGGUUAAGUCAAAGCCUAUCAUCAUAGCAGAAUGCUUUCGCUCAAGUGACCAACAAGGCUAUUGGUGCUUAAACAUUUUUUUGUUGUUGUUAUUUUUCAAAACACUCUGUAGUAUGUAGGGUUUAUUUUUAUGUGACUUUUCCUCUGGGCCACUAAUUCACAAUUACCAGUUAUGAGAGACAGAUUGAUAACCAUCCUUUUGAGUGAUUUUCCAGAACUGCAAAAUGUGCUAGUCCAUGACCUUUCUACUGAAUGCUUAGGGGCCUUUGUAUUUCCCCAACUCAAUUCAUUCAAAUACUAGUCUUUCUUUUGUGGAAAGCCGUUUACAUACAUAUCACUUAAAAUGUUUGUGUGUGGGGGAAAACAUUCAUAUGCAGAUCUAAAAGUGAAAAACCUAAGUGUCCCUUGCCUCUGUAUCUUCAGAAUGCUGGAGGAUCUCAGAAGAGUGGCAAGCCAGAUCCUUGGUCUCACUCUUUGCUCUUACAUGAAUCCCCAGUGUAUUGUUUAGCAUUAAUCCUGGCUGUUGAGAGGGAGAAACAGCAGCUACUUAUAAUGUGAACACCAUGUGCUUAGGGCUAUGGUAUAGAGCUAGCUGAAAGAUAUAAGGCAGAAUUGGGGGCAAAAACUGCCCAAGUUUCAGUAGGAUUUACAUUAAGCACAGUGGAUUCCUGGUCAACCCCUCUGUUGGGAAAAUUUUGAAUCAGUAAAUAAUUGAUGAGUUUGAGGUACAUGAUGUCACAUAUAUGAUUCUUCCAGGAGGCUUUCUAACAUACACAGUUACAUGAAUGGUAUGGUAUAUCCAUCUAGCUCAGUUCUAGCUCUGUUCUAUUGGAUGCCUUGUAAACAGCCAACACUACAAACACUGUGAGAAUUUGUUUUCAGGUCUGACACCUUUUGGUAGCUUUUUAUAGCAAGAAACCGUAUCCUUUUUAUAAAACCUCAAGUCUGUAUUUCAGGAGAAAACUCUUCAGGCUCCUUUUUUUAUAAGCUGGUGAUUUUUUCCUUUAUCUAAAAAAACACAAGCAGAAAAUUUACCAAAAAAAAUGCAGAAUACUGUAGUUUAGAAAUCAUGCUCUCACUGCCAAACAGAAAGCUCCAGGAGAAAACACAAUGAUUAGAGGCCAAUUCAAUAGAAUUCAGUCUUUUGAUACCUUUUUAACAGUUACACUUACAGUAAUAAUUUCGAUGUGGACCAGAAAUUCUAAUUAUAUUUUAAAUGAAAUGUUAUGGCAUAUUUUAAGUAACUCUUUUCUAUCUAUAAUCCUAAUAUUUCAUACUUAAGAUGCAAAGACCUUUCACUUGUCUUUAACAUUAGAAAGGAUUUCUCUUUAUUAAGGAUUGAUCACUUGAAACAACUCUCAGUUUUUGAGGUACAGGUUUAUAACACUGCUUUUUGUCUGUAAUCAUAGCCCAUAAUAGCCAAGACAACUAAAUUUAGGUGAAAGCCAUGCAUGCUAAUUCUGUGUUUAAUUUUAAUAGAUAGGAAGAUUUCCUUUGUAAUUGUUCAGAUAAUUUGAAAGGUGCAGCAUUCAAAGCCAAGAUGUUGUUUGGCUGCUGAAUGAUAGGUAGUUGUCCCUCCAUUCUAAGUAGAAUGAGUAUGAAGUUCAUGUGUGUGUGUGUUUGUGUGUUUGUGUGUGUGUGUGUGUGUGUAGGCUGCUUCAUAAUUAAGAAAUAUUGCAGAACAACUCAACAUGAAUUGAUGGCAACUCGGUGGCAUUGCUGAUGUGCAGGGGAAGUAGGAUGGAAGGGGUAACUAGAGCCCCCUCAAAACUUUUCAGAUGUCCUUAAUUACAGGAUUACAAGAAACAUUUUCUUUUUUGGUUCAGGAGAAGUGGGAUGAUGAGAGUUCUGGUUUCUGGUUAAACUGGUCAUUGAAGAGCCCCAAAUGAUGAGGUUUAUUUGUAUACCCACAUGAAAUGAUUAAGAAGCCCAUUUUGUUCAGCUCCUAUUCCUUUCUAGAAUCUCAGUGAUUUCUUAGUGCCUCCAAGAACAUUUGAGUUAAUUAGAGAAAAUUGGUAUUUGGGAUGGAUUGAAAUUGUGGUGGGAGGUUUAUUUUUAACCUCUGGGCCAGGUCCUCCAACAAGAUCCAUGUGGGUCUUUCAGCACAUUACAUGUAGUCCUCAGUAUUCAUUUAAGAUGAAACAUGGAGAUCUUAUUGAAAGAGUAAAUGCAAAGAAAAUUCAAAGUUACUCAUGCUCAGCCUUCUUGGUAGUUCUCUGAGUAUUUCCUUACUUGUAGCUUAUAAACCACAUCUCAACAGUGCCCUUUCUGUCUUUCUUUGGACUACAAGAAAACAUUUAACAAAUAUUUUUCAUUUGUACACAGGCACAUAUACAUGUAAACAAGCUUUUUUUUCUCUACUAGUUCCUGUAACAGGGCUUGGUAUAGUAGAAGACUUGCCUCUAAAAAUUUCAUUUUAUAUUGGUUCAUAUUCAAGUAAUUCCCUUGCAUAAAGUUCCUGCACUACUCUUACUCAGUCUCAGUUUUACCUAGUCUAGUUUUACCACUUUAGUCUCAUUGAGUUCAGUAUGCAUUUUCAGGAAGCAUUUGCCACUGCUUCUCAUAAUGUCUCCCUCUUUGUCACACACACACACACACACACACACACACACACACACACACUCUCUCUCUCUCUCUCUCUCUCUCUCUUUCUCUCUCUCUCUCUCUCUCUCUCUCUCUCUCUCUCUCUCUCUCUCUCUCUAUGUUACUUGUUCCUGCCUCUUGACUUUUCUUCCCCACGGAAACAGAAAUAGGGGCAAAAGGGGAAAUGUAUAUAUGGGGCUGGCUUGAACAACUAAUGUCCUAAGUAGUGCUAACUAGAAAUAAAGUAAGAGAAAAGCUUCUUAUAACUGUUUUGGAAAGGAUAGCUACUAGCAUGACUGCUUUGUGUCCUUAUGAGCUUUAGGCUUAGUCUAGACUGAAUCAUAACUUUUUUCAGCUGGAAGGAAGCUUAAGAUCACAUCAUCUUCUCCAAAGUCUUCAUUUUCUUUAGGCCAGAAAAGACAAGUAAAGUGAUUUCCUCCCAAGUAAAGUGCUGAGAUUAGAACCUAUAUCUCUUGGCUCCUAUUCCAGGGUCUUUUCUAACUAGCUAGUAUUGUCUUCUGCAAAGAUCUUGAAAAUUCGUUCCCAGGGUCAUGUUGCAUCCUGGAUCCAUAUGCUGUUUUGUUGAUCUCAGCAAGAAACCCACUCAACAACCUAAUCUUGCCCUUCCUCCUCAAUUUCACAUUGCUUUAUCCACAUAGGCUGCAGAUGGCUCCCAAAAGAAGGGGACAUCGAGGUUUUGAGCACCAGAGGCUUGAUGGGCCACUUUGAGGAAUCUUUCCAAUAGGCCCCUGGACUUCUGUUUGAUCCAAGUAGAAUGGAAAAUGACUAUGUUCCUACUUAUAAGCUUCCUUCAACCCCAUUGCAUGCUGAUUGUUCCUCCCAGGGUUAAGGGAGUGGUUUCUUGUUUCCAGCGCAGAGAAAAUAAAAAUAGCUUUGUUUAUCCUUUCUCAGAUGACUUUUAGUGUUGAAAAUACUAGUCUAGCUACCAUUACUACUAACAACAAUUGCCUUUAAAAUAUGGUAGUGAGCCAAGCUAGAAGAUAAUCAAGUCUUGUGUUUGAAUUCAGUCUCAAUGUCCCCAUAGCCAUAUUGCCUGAUGCAAAAAAUUUUCAGGUAUAAGCAAGUGGUUUUGUCACUAAAAUGUGAACUGGCUGACAUUAAAUAUUUAUAUUUGUACCAAAAUAACACACAGAGACCUUACACAGUAUAUCCUAUCUCUUUGUGUAGCCUGUUUCUGUGACUUUCCAUGACAGAAAUUAGGGCAUCUUAAUCUGUAUGUAUAGAUUUCUUUGCAGCAAGGCUCUCUGGGAACUAACGAAUAUUAAUUGAAAUCUUAAAGACCUCUUACUAAGUUCACCCAACUUCAGGAACUUCUCAAUUGUUCCUUCUCCAGUUGGGAGUGACCAAGGAAUCCUAAAGUGGGUAUGUAGCUUCUAUAUUCUAGUUACCCUUUAGAAACAUCCAGCCUAAGUUUAAGGCAAGUAGCCCAAUGCUUGAUUUGUAUAAAAUUGUGUCUCUAUACCCAGUCUCUUCAAUAUUCUAGGUGGAGAUUUUUUCCAUUUCCUCUCAUAUUUGAUUCCAAAUAGAUUUUCCUUUUAGAAAACAGAGAAGUAAACAAACGUCCUUGGGAUGGGAGAAGUAGCAUGUCCAUGUGUCCCAAAUGAACUUCUGCAGUCGUGACCUUCUUUCAAAAGAUGAGGUUGCCUCAGGGACAGCUGUUUAAGAGACUUGUGUAGCAGAAGCCCUGUGACAACAUAGAUUUACUGACUUCCUGCCCACUGGUCUGGUUGCUAUGGAAAUAGAAGGCAUUGGAUAUUUCUCUUUCCUUCCUUCUUGUCAAAAAUUGUGACUGGAGCCUGUUCUUGUGCACAUAGGGCCACUUGAACCCACAUCUAGGCCUUAGUUAUAUAUUGCCUUCCCUAUAUUAAGAGGUUUAGCUUCUACAUUCAAACUGGUUUUCUCAGUAGGCAGCAAUAUUUUGAAGCUCCUAUGGGGAGUGGAAUAGUUCACUGACUUCUUGUGCUUUCCUUUCGAUUAGAGAGGUAUCUUCCUUGGGUAAAGAUGGAGUUUCCUUAGUCAUCACACUAAAAGCCUCAUUCUUUACAUCUAGCCUCUUAGUGUUGAUUUGAAUGUCCCUUCUUUAAGGAUUGCUGCAGAGCUUACACGUUGCCUAAGCUGGUGUGAGACUGGCUAUCAUUUGGGAAGUCAACUGUUUCUUAAGUUUACAGGUGUCAAAAUCUUAUGGAAUUAAAAGUGAAAAUUUGUUUUUCCUAUCUCCCGUAGCUGGGGUUAGGGAAGCAGAGAAUUCUUAUUGGAAAAUAAGACACUUUCCUGCUUGGCUAGAAGGGCAGGUAAGUUAAAAAAAAGUCAAAGAGAACAUAGAAGUCAGAAGAGAAAAUCUUAUAAUCUAAAGCAAAGACCUGAAUGCUUUGAAAUUUCUCAUUUCUGGGUGAUAACUCAAAUAACUAAGUGGCUUUUUGUCGUUUUACUUCCCCUUUUCUUUCUGGAUGCCUACAUUUGUUCUCAUCAAUCUCUCAUUCUAUAGUAAAAAGCAUCCAUUCUUUGACUUUUGUGGUCCUUCCCCUUCUUUUGAAAUCCUUUACACUUUCCUGCCUCUGGGUAUGUGUCUCUUCAUGGUUGGUAAGUUUUGUCUUGUGACUGAAAAGAAAUUAUUUAGUCUCAGUGAUUCCUGGUCCUACCCUUGUUCAGUCACAAGUAGGUUGAUAGAAAUCAACCUAAUUCUGGCCUUUUCUUCUAAUCUGUUUUAGUUUCAGCAGAUCUUAGCAUCAUCCUUUACAGCUCAUGAAUGUUUGGUCUUUACUUUCUUCUAAGCAAGCAUUGUACAGAAUAUUUUGUGCUUCUUCUUCUUCUUCUUCUUCUUCUUCUUCUUCUUCUUCUUCUUCUUCUUCUUCUUCUUCUUCUUCUUUUUCUUCUUCUGUUCCUCCUCCUUCUUCUGUCUACCACCUUGUGCAGCGUGCUCAGAUAAAUAAUCACCUGAACAGGAAAACAUCCACUCAUCCAUUCCAAUUGGCAAAAGUCUUAGUUGAUUUCAUGUAGUUUGCUCAUAGUUUUAAAAACCUGCAAUAUAAUAUCAUGAGAGAUCACAAGAAAUUGUUCCUGUCAUUUGGUUCGGCUGAGUGGAGAGGGGGGAAUCAGAGACAAUUUGUUUAAACAUUUACCAGUACUCAUUAAGCUCUCUGUUAUAACAUUAUGAUCUGUAUUUUGCCACCUGUUGAAUUGGUAAAGAUAAACUGGUAGGCAAUUGAAGCUAAUUUAAGUCGAAAGAGUAUUUAAUAAGUCCAGGCUACAGAGAAAUAAUGCUUAAUUGAAAUGUAUUUGUUCUUCUGAUACUACAUUUGCCUAAACAUUUAACACAAACUGUUCUUGAUUCAGCACUGCCUGUCCAUGUCUGAGUAAUUAGCAGGCUGCUAAUUAAACAGAGUGCACAACCCCUGGGAAUGUCAGUGUCACUGCUUGGCAAUACUAUACGCAUUGCCAAAUUUUCCAGUGACUUUUCUUCAUAAGUUCUCUUAAAAGUGUUUGAGAAAGUAACAGGUUAUGCUAAAAUACAUACAAUGUUUGGUAGUGUAUUGUAUUUUAGCAUUAAGCCCACAACCCCUUAUUAUUUAUACACAGCUAAUGCAUGGUUUGAAACUGCUUUUGCAUUUUUUCGUGUGCAGUAAAUUAUUACAAAUGUUUUUGGUCACCUUUUUGUGCCAUUAAACUUGUACAGAAAAUGAUUUUAUGGCCAUUUUCAAAGGGAGAAAGUUUAAAAUGGAAACAGCCUACCCUUUCUGCCCUAUAGCUGUAGUUAGGAUUGAGUAACUGUAGCGAAACAGCUGUAAUUGAUGGUUGUAGUGUUAGAGUUGUUAGCUUGCUAGUGACUACCUUUGAAGAGUAAAUGCAUGAUCGUGUACAUCACAUUUCUUAAAUUGCUCAUUUUAACCUCUGAAAAGAAUAUAUACUUCCAUGUGGCCCUCUUCCGUCCAUUCACUCCCUGCUCCCUGGUAUCUUACAAUUAAUUGUAAAUAACUGAUUUAGGGGCCAAGAAUUCCUGCCAAGUAAAGUCGGCAAAGAGCAAAUAAACCAAAAAAGGAGGAUGAAAAGAAUUUUACAACAAUUUCUCAGAAUUUAUUAACCAUUUCUCAAGGAAUGGCAUGGUGAUCAAAUACUCAGUUCUCUUUUACACAAAAAUCAGAGGCAAAUUGGGAGUGUCUUUGGCUGCCAGACUACAUUGUAGACCUGAAUAAUUCUUAGAAUCACACAACCCAAAGAUGUCCCUGAUCCUUGCAUUAGUUGUAAGGUAUUUGGAGACAUCAGAAGUCUGAUGACCAAUAAUUAUUCAGGGAAAACAGAAAAGCAAACCUGAGACAGACAUGCAACAGAGAUUUCUGUGUUUCAGCUAUCACUCAGUCAGCAAAGGCAAAGGCAUGGGUUUAAAUACAUUGCUGUCUGCUUCCCAGGCAAACUUUUAGACUGUGAGUGAUGCAAAGGCAGUGUUUCAAGAAGACACUCUUUUUUUCGGUUUAUUGUUCUGUCUUGGACUGGUAUGUUUGGCAAGGCCCAUGUAAGCUGGUAAGAGCAGGCCCUCUUAAUCUCCUGUGACCUUUAAUCUCCCCCACCAUAAUUUGAUGAGGGCUCUUUGGCUCGAGGACUUCAAGGUUGUCUAGAGAAGUUCCCCCAUGUGUGUGAGGUGUUGUAAACUGUGAACACUGUGCAUCUUCAGUGUUCAAUACCGGGCAGCCAAAGAGCUGCUCUUGCAAUCUUUUUUUUUUUUUUUUAAAUUUUUGGCUCUCAAGCUCUGUUUUCCAUCAAACUCUCAUUUCUGUGUACAUUUGCAAGAUGUGUGUAAUGUCAUUUUCCAAAAAUAAAAUUUGAUUUCAA